CCACCUCCUAUCUGGCACGGCUUCCCCCGGCUAUCCCCUCCCCUCCCCUCCGCUCCCCUCCCGCAUCGCACCAACAGAAAGGGUGAGAGAGGAAAAAGAAAAAAAAACAUCGCCGCCACCGCCGCCGCAAUGCAGCGCCUCUCCCUGGGCUCCCCGGCCGGGAGGCCCUCCCGCCUGAGCGCGGCGGGCGAGGAGGAGGCGGGGGCGGCGGACGAGAAGGCGGCGAAGGCGGUGGCGAGGGCCGCUGCGGCGCCGGUCAGGUCCAUCCACCUGGUCCCCGUCCUCACGCUGCUCUGCUUCCUCGUCCUCUUCCUCCUCUCCCACGACCCCUCCGCCGCCGCCGCCCUCACCGAUUCGCCCGUGCUGGCCGCGGCCGCCACCGUCACCGCCCGCUCCCUCGACGCCGCCGCAGGCGCAGGUGGGUGCCCGAGGAUCUCCUCCGCCGCCGACGACGCUGCCACGCGAGGGUUCCGUGGCGUUUGGUUGUCAGCUUCUCACGCUUUUUUCCUCUCUCUGUUUGGCUGUUCGGCGUUGCAGCCGACGCGACGACGGCGUCCAGUGGCGUGUACCGGCGGCUGAAGCAGUCCCGCGUGCGGAGGCUGGGGAUGGCGCGGCGGAGGCUGUGACGCCAGCGCAGGAGACGCGAAGCUAGCCGUUGGGCGCCGAUGACGCAGCGGAGGAGGAGCUUCACUUGCUUUUUUGUGCCAUUCUUUUUUCUUUUCUUGUCUGGUUCGCUUUUUCCGGCGGCACUGCAAGUCUGAAAAGUGAGAAUGGUAGCGCAGGCUUCGUCGUCCCGUGUAGGAUUGUGGAUUAGGGGUUCUAGGAUUCAAGCCCGAGAGGGGGGGAAAAGAGAAAUGGUUUGCACAAAUCAUCGCCACGCCAGAAUCAUAUGUUCAUACUCCGCCUUUGGGUUUUUUGUUUCUUUGAAAGGCGCCUUUGGGUUUGAUCCCCUGCGACUGCCAUUGUUGUGAUCGAGUAGCGCGCUGUUUCCUCUGGAUGGUGGGGGAUUGGGACUGGAAAUGGAUUUGAGUGGAGCCGUCCAA